AUGGACAUGGACGACAUGCCGGACGACCCGGUGAGUGGCGAGAUGGUCAUGAGCCAGGCCUACAACUUCCAGCUCAAGAACGGCCAGAAGCUGCGCUUCGCGAGCCAGGACUCGCUCGACGCCUUCCUCAAGGACCCGAGCGAGGGGAGCGUGCUGUGUCCAGUGUGCGGCAUGGAGUCGUCAGUGUCCAGCGGACCCGAGGUGCUGAUGAUGCACGGAGAGCAAGCAGUGCACACGUGUAGUAUGACCCACGCGCGCGAGGUUUACAGCGAUAUUCUGUCGUUCCAAGCCGCCAAGGAAGGCGCCGCCGCCGCUGCUACCGCUGGACAAGAGCGCGGGUUCUGCUCGGGGCCUGGCACGACCAUGCUCAACGGCUUCUCCUUCAGCGGCAGUUCCACGCCGUGCAUCUUGUUGUGGUUCCCCGGGUGGGUGCUGGACUCGCGCGUGCGCUACAUCUUCGGUGGUAUUCUGGUGGCGCUGGUGGCGGUGUUCAAUGAGUAUCUGCUGCAGCUGCGCCGCGUGCUGCGUAAGGAGAGCAGCGUCAAGCGUCUGCUCAGUAGCAACGCGCCUCACGCGACGGAGAGCGCGCAGCUGCUGCGGUCGACGGCGCAGAGCAUGCCGCUGGCCGAUUCGUGCGGUCCUGCGUGGUUCCGAAUGCUGUCGCCGGAGACGCAGCACGGCGUGCACAGCUUGCUGCACGGCGUGACGCUCCUAGUGGCGUACAUGCUCAUGCUCGUGUCCAUGACGUACGACUUGACGCUGCUACUCUGGGUCGUUGCAGGCUACGUGGCGGGGCACUACGUAUUCGGUGAGCGCCGCGAAGCUGCCGUUAGCAGCGGGGACAUGGAGUCCAAUUUCCCCUAG